AUGACCGCCGUCUCUUCGUCGCUCGAUGGCGCGACUUUGCCAAGUAUCAUCACCACGGGUUUACUCAUGGGUCUCGUGCACGUCCUAACGGGUCCGGACCACUUGAGUGCGCUCAUCGUCUUAAGCGCCGGCUCGUCCUGGCACUCGUGCCAGUUGGGCAUGCGCUGGGGCUGUGGCCACUCCACGGGCCUCAUCCUCGUCACCGCGUGCUUCCUCGCCCUUGGGCAGCACUUGAACGUGGACGCGUUUGGAAAUGAUUGCGACUUUCUAGUCGGGUUCCUCAUGAUAGGGCUCGGGCUCUGGAGCUUGCGUCAUUAUCUGCUUCUGCGUCGCCAGCUGGUGCAGUUUCCGUCACACCAGAUGGUAGACGAGACGAUGCCGUUGCAACGUGAAGUCCAGCUGGUCCACGAGGAAGAAGGUUCGGAGAACGUGCGAGACAGCCAGCAGAAAGGACGGCUGUUUUAUGAUGAUCUGGAGCCGAGUCGGCGAAACCAGCUGGUGUCAGUGGACGACGAUCGGACGACAGUACCAACUACGACAGGCUGCUGCUUUGGCCUCGUGAAAGCUGAUAUCAAGAACCCGCGGACGCAGAAGCUCACGGCUUUUGCUUACGGGACAGCUCAUGGCCUCGCAGGUACUGGCGGUGUCCUGGGAGUGUUGCCCGCCGUGAUUCUCAACAAUUGGACAAAGUCAUCGGCUUACCUUGGUGCUUUCUGCCUGUCGUCGAUCUUAACAAUGGGUGGAUUUGCAGCGCUGUAUGGAGAAAUUACGGGACGCAUGAGUCGCGUGUCGGAUGCGUUGCUCGUACGCAUUGGCGUCUUUUCGUCCUGUGUGUCACUAUGCGUCGGUGUCAUGUGGGUCGCCCUUGUGAUGACGGGCACUUUGGACAAAGUCUUUGGAUAA